AUGACCGACACGCACGUACCCCAUCUCCCCAACGAGAUCCUGUACGAGAUCGUUAGCUACGUCGCUGACGAGGACGUUCUAAAUCUCCGGCUCUCGGACAGGACCUUUCACUCCGUCACAGCCGACCGUUUCGAAGUGACCUUCUUCAAGAGUCGCGCCUACGACAUGUCAACCAAAGGACUCGAGGCUCUGGUCAAGAUCACUGAGCAGCCGACCUUCGCUCGCCACAUCAAGACUAUCGUUAUAGGUCAUGGUGGCAAGGUCUAUCCUGGCGAGCACCGCGAUCUGCUUGUACAAGCGUUCCAGAAUCUCGCUAGCAUCGGAAACACCAUCUCUCUCGGACUGCGUCAGGUGCGUAAAUGUCGCAACUACCGGCGUAGACAUCGUGUGGUCCUUCGCCACACGCUCAGGUUCUUCCGGGAGAAAGUACUUGGUGCUGCUGUUCACGCUCGAAUGCCUCUUGGAGAUUUUGUCGCAGACCUUCAGAGCGCUUCACAAAAGCGUAGGUUCCCUUCGGUCACGGACGACUGGAGUUUGGCUAUCCAGCGUGACUUACGAUUCGGCGCUGUGGGCCACAAUCAGUUUAGCGGUCUGAGCAUCAAAUUAGGUAUGACAGGAUCGGAUUCUAGCAGCUUAGGCCACAUCUUCGUCGACAAGUUCGACAAGCGCCUGGAAGUUUUGAAUGCUGGCACUUGGGCAUGGCAGCGCCAUCUGCAGUAG